AUGUUGGUCCAGCCUACAGCCACCCAACCCCAAGGGCUUCUUCUUGCCACUAACCUUACCAACCACCCAUCUUCUUCUUUAUCAUCAUCAUCAUCAUUACCUUCUUCUUCUUCUUCUUCUCCUCCUCCUUCCUCUUUAUCAUUGCCUAAUCAUCAUUUAAAUUCUACUCAAACAAUGUCCCAUCAUCGCUCACAUCACCAUUCAAUCCCAAGGAAACCUCUUUCACCUGCCUUAUCUUCCCUUCUCUCAUCAACAGCUAUCCCUGUCAACAAUCGUAACCACCGCAGAGGAAGUAGAAUGACUACUUCUAGGCCUCGUUCACUUUCUUCUUCUUCUUCAUGUUCCGCAGGCUCCGCAGGUUCUACAGGCUCCGCAGGUUCUUCUUCGGCUUCUUCUAAAACUCCUACCGAUGAGAGUCUCUUGUUAUUACUCUCGGCAUCCUCCUCUUCACAAUCAACAGCUUGCUGUUCCUCUUCUUCUUCUCUUUCUUCUUCAAUCUCUAGUAGACGCUCAUCAUCAUCUUCUAGUAUAUCUUCCACAACGGGAGUUUCUACUGCUACUGCUACUGCUACUGCUACUACUGCUGCUACUACUGCUGUCUCUUCCACUUCGCCGCCUAACGCCGCUACAAUCCAAAGCACUCCACGUUUCCUCGGCAAGCCGUCGGAACACUCCAACUCUCACAACACCCGGUUGGAACUUCAACAACAGCUUCAUGCUCAACAACAAAGGCAACACCAGCUGCGACAACAACAACUCCAGCGAGAACUUCAGUUCAAGCGCCAACAACGAAGACUUUUGGAAAAACUUUCCAACCCAGUCGUCUCGGAAGAUGAGGGACUUAGACAACCCUUGUUUAUGGACAUGGAUGAAUAUACUACAACUGCAUCCACUACUUCCACAGUCUCAACCAUAAGAGGCUUAUCAAAAAGAAAAUCAACUAAAAGAAAAUGUUCACCUUCAUCGCCGCUUCAGCAGCGAUUCUGGAAUUCCUCUUCAUCAUCUUCAUCCUCAUCGUCAUCUAAUAGCGGUCUAAUUUUUGUAAAUGAUGACAUGUCUCAUUCAAUCACUAGUGAUGUUUGUGACUAUGAUGAUGAUGAUGACGACGAUGACGAUGACGAUGAUGAUGAUGAUGAUGAUGAUGACGACGACGACGAUGAAGAUGACGAUGAAGAUGACAGUGAUCACUGUUUCCCGUUAUCGAUGGCUCGUAAACCUCACCAUGCAUUUACUGUCCCUUCUGUUGCUUCUUCUCCUGAAGACUCUUGUUCCUCCUCCAGCACUCUGACGUCUGUUGUACCAAGUCGCUCAGAUAAUGAAUCUUACAGUGGUAGCAAUAGUAAUAACAAUAGUAGUCUCCCUGCGAGUCCACGAACAGAAACCAUGCAUAGAGCCUUUCGCCGGGUUUCUUCGCCAUCUCCUGCGCGGUCGCGCUCUGUGUCUAGACGUGGAAGUAUGGUGUUGUUACGACCCAGUGCGGUUGCUGGCUCGGCAGGCCCGACGCUGGCAUCCGUUGACUCUGCUUCUCAUCCUUUGGCUUCUCACUCAUCUGUGAAUCUUCCUGCUUCUGGUCACUCUUUGGAUGCUGGCUACGAUGCAGAUGAUGCAGCUACAUCGUGCAAUGAAGCUGUUGGAGGCACAACAGAGGCUGGUGAAGCCACGACGAUUAAGAAACGGUCUGCACUUAAAAAGUUUAAGUCGUAUCGUGCGUUUGUAUCCAAUUUGACGGCAUCCAUUAAGGCCAUUUCCAUGGUGGCUUCGUCGUUUUCAUCCUCACAGCAGUCGCUAUUAUCAUCCACAGAUGUGUUUAAAUUUAGUCCGCGUUCGACUGAUGAACCCAUUCCUGGUCGUACUGGACGGUUUGCUGCUGUGGGGCCUAGUCCUGGGCUUAAGCGGAGUACAAAGCCUAAUAAGGAGCAGGAUGGAAGUAAAGAGGUUAAGAAGGAGCAGAAUGGGGAUUUAUCUAAAGGUGCUUCAAGCGAGGCUAAUGCUACUACUACUUCUUCUUCUACUUCUUCUUCUACUACUACUUCUUCUACUUCUUCUACUUCUUCUUCUUCUACUGCUACUACUGCUACUACUUCUACUACUUCUACUAAUCCUGAGACAGCCACAACCAAAAUACUUGUGGCUGAGGCUGAUCUUCCUCCCAAAGAGAUUCCUCUUGAGACUUAUAAUGUCCAAGAGUAUGUACUUCCUCCAGUUGCAAGAGGACGAGAUUUCCGUGAGAAUCCGGAUUUUCUUCGCAUUUAUGCUCUUGAGUCACUGAUGAAGAAGCAUGGGAAGUUUGAUCCGUCAUUUCCAGGCAAGGCUCAACCUGCACUUAUGCCUCGGGCAGAUGAUGUUCCACCUCCAGCCUGUGGGACUCCAGUUGUUGGAAAUAAUAAUAAUAAUAAUAAUAACAACAACAACAAUAGAGGAUGCUACCCGGAAGCUUAUAAGUAUUUGUACACUGCUAACCACGGUCCACUUGUGCAGCCGUGCGCGAGUUUGCAUUAUGAGUGUGGUUUGAGUGGAGAUGAGAGUGGCAAUGGUAACAACAAUAACAACAACAAUAGUAGCACCACCAGCAAUGACAAGAGCAUACUGGCAAUACUUGGGCGUAGCUUGUCUUCAGCGUCUAUAACGAAUACAAUGACUACGACUACGGUGCGCAAAGUUCCAUCACGAUGGAUUCCUUUGAGUAUUGCUAAUGAUGAUAAUAAUGAUAAUGAAACAACAACAACAACAACUAAUGAAACUAAUGAAGCUAAUGAGUAA